AUGCUCUCCGAAUUUUCCGUGCUGGACCCGAUCUGUAGCGCGCAAAGCAAAAAGGCAGCGGAGCUAAGGAGGGGUGUUUGGAAGGCGCCCGUUGCGCUGUUUCACUGCGUGGCUUCACUUGGCCCGCGUGCAUCAACCUCUCUGGCGGGGGAUUCUCCCCGGACUCCGGCCAGCGCCAAUCAGGUCGCGCGGUACCUGCCCCCAGCCCUGGCCACCUGGAGGGGCGAUGAGGCUCCACGCCCGGAGCAGGGCAGUCCUCGGAGCGCCGGGGAGGCCGCGGAGCCUCACGUGUGCCGCCCCAGCCGCGGGCGCCCAGAAGGACGCGCGCCGACCCCGUGGGAGCCGAACGCGGGAGUCGCUGCCGGAGCGGAGCUGCUCAGCCGCGUUUCUCUCUGCUCAAGCUGGAGGCACCUGAGGUGGGCCCCACACGUCCCUCUGCUGCUACACCGCCCUGUUCUCCCUUCCCUACCACCCGCCCAGGAGCUGCUGUUUUACCACUGGCCGGGAUUGAAAUUCGGGGUUCUUACUGGGACUGAUGCCCUUGGCCAUGAUGCACCCCCAACUGCUGCCUGCUCAGGCGUAGCCCACGUGACUGAGUCACGGCUGCUCCAGCUGUUUCACGUCACCGUUCCCUUUACUGAAUCUGUUACCUGCCCCUCCACCAAACACCCCCAACUUCCCCCACUUAGGCUGGCCCAGUCUGGAGCCACAGUCAUCCUCAGCCUUCAGGAAGCCCCUGGGGCCUGGCCCUCCCUGCACCUGCUGCUCUCAGGCCCCCUGCCCCAGCCUCGGGGCAGUCGCAGGAAGACUCCCCCCCGGCCCAGCCCAGGGCUGCAGCCACAAGUUUGA